UAAUCGUUUAAUUGUCCUUUCUAGUACAUUCGUUAUUCGUUAGUUUUCUUUUGUACCUUAUAUGUUGUGAUUGUAUUAAUUAUAAAAUAAAUUUUAUUUUCAACUACUCAAUUGUGAACAAAUCAUGAAGAUAAAAGCUGUACUUUCCCGGUCUAUUAGAUUUUCAUAUGAACCUCUUUUUCUCGAAUGUUUAUCUAUGAUCGUGUAAUCGGGACUUCCUGUACUUUGACUGGUACGUACUCAAGAAUAAUAAUAAUAAUUGUUAAGGGAAUAGGAAAGAGUGAAGUUCGUUUCGUGUUUAAAAGUUUGUGUGUCAGUAUAAAGUGAUUAAUAGAAUUUGUACAACACAUAGAGUUACUAUUGUAAUCAAUUUAUCGUUAAAUGGUAACAACAUAUAGAUAGAUAAAUUUGCAACAAUCUAUAAUGGACAAAACACCAGUAUCUAUUUUACAUGAAAUAAUGGCGAAAAAUCUAGUAACGCCUAAUUAUGAGCUUAUACAUGACGGGGGAGGCACACAUAUAAAUACUUUUACAUAUCGGGUAACGUGUGAAGGUCUUACUGCUACUGGUAUUGGACGUUCUAAAAAGGAUGCAAAGCAUGAAGCUGCAAAGGCAAUGUUAGAAGCUAUUGCAGCACAUAGAGGUUAUCUACAAUUACCAGCAUCGCCAGCACAAUCUUCUGUAAGAACCCCUUUACCACCAACAAUUCCUGAGGUAAAAAGAACUCCACCAGAUGAACCAUUUAUUAAUGCAGUUGGUGCUUUACAAGAUUUAUGUAUUGAAAACAAUUUACAAGAACCUAAGUAUAAACAGAUUAAUGAGGUUGGGCCUCCACACGCAAAAAUUUUUAGUAUUCAAUGUACAGUAACAACUUUUAAGGAAACUGGUAUUGCAAGGACAAAAAAACAAGCUAAACAGGAGGCUGCUAAAAAGAUGUUAGAUAAAAUAAACGAAUUGACAAAUGGCUUACACGUCGGAACUAAUAAAGAAUUAGACGAAAGGAAAGAUUAUAGUCAAAUUGCUAAAGCUCGAUAUCCUGCACUUUCAAGGUUACCCGCAUCUAGAAAAAUUAACUUAGGUGUUAAGAUAUCAGAGUAUCAUUUACAGUUUAAGAAUUUGUUUGAUACUGAAAUGCAGAAAGAACUAACUGAAAAAUUAACAUCUAUUAUUCCACGAAAUGAAAAUUAUAUUUCUGAAGAAUUUGUAGAAGAUCUGCUAAACAAAUUACAAGAUGUCUUGGCAAUCAUAGGGUUAGAUAUAACAACUUCAGUAUUCCCUUCAGUUACAGAGAAGAUUGUUGUAACCAUGAGAAUAGAUACAUCUCCUAGUAUUGUUGAAUUUGCAGUAGGAGCUACAAAAGCAGACGCUGAAAUGCAUACAAUAAUAAAAUUGAUUAAAAAUUUGAUACUUCUUUUAAAAUAAGGAUAGAAUAACUAUACAUAAAAUAAAUAAAUUUCAAAAUAUUUGUGUCAAAGAAUAUGUUUAUAUUGGAAGAAUAAUCGUGUAACUUUUUUUUUAAUAUAUUGUAAUAUCUUAAA